UUCCUGAAGCUCCUCCUCAUCCUCCCCUUCCUCCACCAUCUUCCACCCAUCUCCUCCACCACUUCAACCCCUCUCCUCCCCAACGAAGCCCUCCCCGCGAAAUCGGGUUACCUUCGUGUCAAUUCCACCACCAAUUCUUCCAUUUUCUACGCAUUCUAUGAGGCCCAAACACCCAACUCACCUCUCUCCCAAACCCCACUCCUCAUUUGGCUCCAAGGCGGCCCUGGUUGCUCCUCCAUGGUGGGCAACUUCUACGAACUCGGCCCGUGGCGUGUUUCUCACAAACAAAACGUCGAACACAUCAUGCUGGAACCCAAUUCGGGUUCUUGGAACCGCUUAUUCGGACUCCUUUUUCUUGACAAUCCAAUUGGAGUUGGAUUCAGUAUUGCCUCAACUCCAGAAGAAAUCCCAAGAAACCAACACACUGUUGCGAAACAUCUUUUCGCGGCGAUCACAUCGUUUGUCGCCUUAGACUCCUCGUUCAAAUCGCGUCCGAUUUACUUCACCGGUGAGAGUUAUGCUGGAAAGUAUGUUCCGGCAAUUGGGUACUACAUUUUGAAAAAAAAUUCCCAAUUGCCAGCGUCGAAACGGGUGAAUUUGGCUGGUGUUGCUAUAGGCAAUGGAUUGACUGAUCCAAUCACACAAGUAGCUACUCAUGCUGUGAAUGCUUAUUUUUCUGGGUUGAUCAAUGAGAAGCAGAAGACCCAAUUGGAAAAACUUCAAUCUGAAGCUGUUGUACUGACUAAGAAUGGUAGUUGGACUAAAGCAAGCGAUGCAAGAAAUGGGCUUUUGGAUUUGUUGCAAACCAUGACAGGACUGGCCACUUUGUACGAUUUUCGGAGGCUAAUUCCCUACGAAACGAGCUUCGUGGCUACGUUUUUGCAACACCCGGAUGUGAAGAAGUCGUUGGGCGUGAACGAAUCGAUGGUUUACGAAGAAUGUAGUGAUGUUGUUGGCACGGCAUUGCAUGAAGAUGUGAUGAAGAGUGUGAAAUACAUGGUGGAGUAUUUGGUGAAGAAUAGUAAGGUUUUACUUUACCAGGGACAAUGUGAUUUGAGAGAUGGAGUGGUUUCAACUGAGGCUUGGGUGAAGAAGAUGAAGUGGGAAGGGAUUGGGAAGUUUAUGGAGGCAGAGAGGAAGGUGUGGAGAGUGAAUGGAGAGCUUGCUGGGUAUGUGCAGAAAUGGGGGAGUUUGAGUCAUGCUGUGGUGUUAGGGGCUGGGCAUUUGGUGCCAACUGAUCAGGCAGUGAAUUCACAGGCAAUGAUUGAAGAUUGGGUUUUGGAGAGAGGAGUGUUUGCCAAUGAACAGCUUGAGAAACUAUCUUUGGAUUUCCAUGGUUAGGGGGAUCCUGCGGAUGAAUCUAGGUGUCCUGUGUGCCUUGGCAAUUCAAAGUCUUAGACCAUGUCUUAUAGAUAUGUGCAAGCCAUGGAGUUGGGUAUGUAUUACUAAUGAAUAAGAAUAUGGAAUUGUCUGUAACAUUAGAUCUUUUUGCCUGUUUCUCUUGAUCAAUCACAUUGAUAAUGU